ACCGGGCUUGAGGAGGGGUUCAGCGGGCUCGUGGCCCCGGGCACAGAGCCGGCUACGCGACGAAUCCCUGUGCCCAUUGCUGAGCAUCAAGACAAGAAUAAAACCGGUAGCGGCGCAGACAACUGGUAGCAGCGUAGAAAACAAAAGAAGGUCUUGAAACCGUGAUUUCAGUUAGGGCCAUGAGAGUAGAGUAAACGAAACCGGAACUGAAAAACUACAACUCCCAGAAGGCCCCUGGCUUCCUGGACCUCGAAGCCUGAUGGGACCAGUAGUUCUGCGCACGGCUCAACCUAGACGCUUGAGGCUGAAGUGGUGCGGCUUAGGGGCCGGGAACGGGAGAGAUGGAGCUGGAGCAGAGAGAGGGAACCAUGGCAGCCGUGGGUUUCGAGGAGUUCUCGGCGCCGCCAGGCUCAGAGUUGGCGCUGCCCCCGCUGUUCGGCGGGCACAUCCUGGAGAGCGAGCUAGAGACCGAAGUGGAGUUUGUAUCCGGCGGCUUGGGGGGCUCGGGGCUCCGGGAGCGCGACGAAGAGGAGGAGGCAGCCCGAGGGCAGCGGCGGCGCCAGCGGGAGCUGAACCGCAGGAAGUACCAGGCGCUGGUCCGGCGCUGCAGGGAGAUCGAGCAGGUGAAUGAGCGGGUCCUGGACAGGCUGCACCAGGUACAGCGGAUAACUCGGAGGCUGCAGCAGGAGCGCAGGUUCCUCAUGAGGGUGCUAGACUCCUAUGGAGAUGACUACCGGGCCAGCCAGUUCACCAUCAUGCUGGAGGACGAGGGCAGUCAGGGCACAGAUGCCCCCACCCCGGGCAAUGCUGAGAAUGAGCCUGCAGAGAAGGAGGGGCUGUCCCCGUCCAGAAGGACUUCCGUACCCCCUGAAGCUAGCAGCAGCCCAGCCCCUGGAGAAGGGCCCAGCGGGCGAAAGAGGCGGCGAGCACAGCGGGAUGGGGGCCGAGUGGGCCCAGGAGCAGCACUGACCCCGGAACUGGCCCCUGUGCAGAUUAAGGUAGAGGAAGACUUUGGCUUUGAAGCAGAGGAGGCCCUGGAUUCGAGUUGGGUUUCUCGGGGGCCUGACAAGCUGCUGCCCUACCCUACCCUAGCCAGCCCACCCUUCGACUGAGUCCACCCCAAUAAACCAACUCUCAUUCCUGACCACACACUCACAA